UAACUUAACAAUAAAGUGACGAAAAGUGAUUUUAAAAUAAAUAAAAAUAGUGUUUAACACAUUUUGUGAUAGCAAAGAGUUAACCGACUACAAAAUCAAGUGUGUAUGUGUUAUAUUUUGUGGAACUUUCGUGAAUCUGCGGUGAAAUCGAACCAGGUCCCCGUGCCAUGUGCCACUAAGACGUUCUCCACACGACGGGUAGCGACGCGCGCGCCAUGCUGGGCGUCUUCCCGGUGCGGUGGCUCUCCGGCCUCAAGGAUGGAGGAGUCGCCAACCAGUUCAUCAUGGCUACCAUGGUGACGAUCCCUGCCCUAAACUUCGGCAUGUUGAUGGGCUGGCAGUCUCCCAUGACGCCACUACUGCAGUCCCCGGACGGGCCAGCUCCCGAACCCAUCACGGAUGACACUAUCUCUUGGAUGGCAGCCAUCACCUUCUUACCCCCCAUCUUCUGCGGGUUCAUGGUGGGAGACCUCGCUGAUAGAUGGGGGAGGAAAUUUACCACGUUGCUGACGGCCUUAAUGCUUGUGAUAAGUUGGUCCAUCACUCUGAUCUCGCUCCGUCCCUGGGCGCUGAUCGCGUCACGAGCGGUCGCCGGUCUCGCCUGCGCCGGCUGCUAUGUCGUCAUACCUCUUUACCUUAAAGAAAUAGCCUCGGACAACAUCCGCGGCGCGCUCGGCUCCCUGUUCAUCCUGUCCCAGAACCUGGGCUACCUGGUGGUGUACGUCGCCGGUGACAUGCUGUCCUUCGCGGCGGUGCUGUGGCUGUGUGCUGCUGUGCCCGCUGUGUUCCUGGUGGCCUUCAUCGCGAUGCCGGAGACCCCUGUGUUUCUGGUGAAGCAGGGGAAGAUUAAGGAAGCACGGGCAGCACUCGCGUGGCUCCGAAACACCACCAUAGACAACAAGGAUCUAGAAGAAUCCAGGAAUAUACAACCAAGUCUUAAACCAAUCCAAGACAAAACAACAUUCAAAGCCUUCCGGAUAUCAGUCAACGUGAUGCUCUCCCAGGAGACGUGCGGCUACCUGGUCGUGCUCAUGUACGCUGGAUCCAUCUUCGAGAAAGCGUCGGAGACCAUCAGCCUGAAGCUGAGCCCCAACAAGCAGACGAUAGUGGUGGGCGCGAUACAGAUGCUGGGGUCAGUCGUGGCCAGCUGUAUUGUGGAGAAGACUGGGAGAAAGUGGCUGUUAGCCGGUACGUCAUUCGCGACGGGUCUGUCGAUGCUGGCGCUCGGAGCCUGGUUCUACAUCACCUCAUUGAACGUGUGGCUGCCAGGCUGGCUGCCCGUCAUGGCCAUGUGUCUCUGCAUCUUCGCUGAUGCGGCAGGGUACCAGCCAGUACCUUACGUCAUUACCUCCGAACUGUUUAGUUUCCAGCACCGUGGCAUGGUGACAUCCUUCGUCAGCUCCAUAGACGCCCUCAGCGACUUCCUGCAAACGAAGGCCUACGACCCCCUCCUCAAACUCCUGGGAAUCCACUGGGUCUUCAUCAUGUUCUCCAUGGUUUGCUUCCUUGGGACCUUCUACACCGUCAUGUGGGUGCCGGAGACCAAGGACAAGACGGUCGAACAGAUCUACGCGCUGUUACAAGAUGGAAGGCAGAAGGAGAAGAGGAAAGGGGAGAAAGAAGAUUUGGAGAAUGGAAAAGAAAUGAGUAGGUUGUAGGUUAUAAGUCAUGUGGAAAGGAUUUGUCGGGUUUUGAGAUUGUCUUGAAUAGUAGGGAAUUGUUUAGUGCCAUUGUAAUUUGUGAUGAAAGUGAACAUGACUGAUGAGUUAAGUUUUGGAAAUACAAAAUAUUCAUGACUUGUCACAUUUCUUAUAACUUGACGAGAAUAUUUUGAGAACUGUUUAAAGUAUAAACAUUCUAUCUACUUAACUUUUCUUACACGUGCAAGUAUUUGAAAAAUCACAUAAAAAGUAAAAUGUUUAUAUUGUCUGUUUAUCAAUAUAUUUUAUAUAACCUUAGCCAUAGGUGUUUAAAAAAAAUUCGUUCUCGUCUCUCUUACAAUGUUUUCAACGAUGUUUGUAACAGUUUCAGUACCCCACUUACAGAUGUUUAUUUAAAAUGUGUUCCGAAAUAGUAUGGAACCCCAUAUCUAUAUUAUAUUUUUUAAUCCAUUUUGUCUUCGUCUGUGAACAGGUAGUGCAUUCCUACGUGUAACAGUUGGAAUGUUUACGACUUCCGACUUCAUAAGACAUUUUAAAGUCUUUGUUAUAAGUUAGAUGUCAUUGCCUUUGAAUGUAAUACAAUGUUGCGACAAAUAAGGAGUCAAUUUAUCAUUUCAAAUAAUUUGCAAAAAUAUUCAAUGCAAAUAAGCAUUUCAAUAAAUAUAUGAAUUGUAAAAUGUCAAUGUUCAGUUUAAAGUUUGUACAUUUUGCUUAAGUCAGUAACAAAAAAAUGCGUUGUUACAAUAUUUUAAAAUCAAAUCAUGUCAAAAUCUUUAUGUGACAUUAAUAUUUAAUUUUUUAUGUGACUAUGAAAACACAAAGCCAUACAAAAUCACAUAGAAUUUGUCCCACGAUGAAGAUAAUCUCAAAACACAACAGAUUCCUACCACAAAAAAUGUCAAAGGGUCUAUCACCACCUUUUAAAGUGACAUUACUGCAUUUGCAGAACAGAGAUGCCGCUCUACCCAUAGCGUUGUCUCUCAAAGCUGCAGUAAUCUUACUUCAAAACGCGGCGGUAGGCCCGCAGGUACAAAUGGACCACCCAAGUGAUUGCGGGUUAAAAUGACAGGCUAGUGACCAUAGAGUAUUUAUUAUAAGUAAUGGAAUAAAAACUAUUGGAGAAUUGCGUCAUUUUAGUGACAUUUAUUGACAAUUGAAUUCUAUUUGCACGCUCUUUUUAAUACUGCUUUUUACGUCACUAUGACAUAAUUUGCCCUUUAAUGAGACAAUGUUCCUGCACUUUAGCAAUUUGCGAGGAUUAUAUAGAAAAAAGGACAUAGUCUGACAAAUAUUCUGAGGUCUGAUUUUAAAUUCAAUUAAGUAUGUGUGUCGUUUAUAUUUUUUUCGAUUGGUGUGACGAUUUAUAUUUCAAAAAUAUUUUGUGUAAUUUAAAACAUUCAAUAGUUUUGUUUGACGUAUCUAUGAAGUACGUAUUAAAAAAGUAACCAUUCAGUCGGACCUCACAUGAAUAAAAACUCUGUCAAACUAAUACAGACCUUAUUCGAAAGUCUUAUGAUUUAUUUUUAAAAACACUGGCACUAGCUAUUACAAAUAUUUUAACCAUAAUCAUAUUCUAUGGCCAUUCUGUACCUGCAAUUCAAAUCUUUCAGCUCUACAAUUUUAAACUUUAAAUGUAUUAAGUGAAAGUACAUUAUUGUUUGCCGAAAGAUGAUAUGUGCCUCCCGACAACUGAUUGUGAUAUUUUAUGACGAAUUAAUAAUGUUUAGUAAUUUGGUAUUAUUAGUUUAAGAUGUCUGAAUGACGUUAAAGAAUAAUUUAUAUCAAACUGAA